AACUAUUUUCACACAGUGAUCGAUCUAUCCCUAUAUAUAUAAGAGGUCGGAGUGAUGUGGGUUUGAGAACAUAUUAGAAGCAUAGAAAUUAGAAAUCAACUGUAGAGAAAGAGUUAAAUGGAGAAAAGAGAAACAAGAAGAAAGGAUGUGGCACAAAAACUACUGCACAUGAAAGGAGGCACUGGAGAAACAAGCUAUGCCAAAAACUCCUUAGUUCAGCAAAAGGCGAUUUCUUUGACAAAGGCAAUGAGAGAGGAAGCCAUAACCAACCUCUACAGCAAGAAAUUCCCAAGAGUCUUAUCAAUUGCAGACAUGGGUUGCUCUACUGGACCAAACACCUUCAUGGUGAUAUCUGAAGUUAUCAAAUCGGUGGAGAAUAUUUGCCGAGAAAUGAAGCAUGAGUCUCCUGAAUACCAGUUCUUCAUGAAUGAUCUCCCUGAUAAUGAUUUCAACAACAUCUUUAAGUCCCUUGACAACUUCAAAAAGAAGCUAAGUGAUGAAAUGGAAGAUGUUGAAAUUGGUCCAUGUUUUUUCUUUGGGGUUCCAGGCUCCUUUUAUGGCAGGGUCUUCCCCACAAAAACUUUGCAUUUCGUCCAUUCCUCUUAUAGCGUCCAUUGGCUAUCCCGGGUUCCUCAAGGUAUAGAGAAUAAUAAGGGCAACAUUUGCGAGGCUCGCACAAGCCCCUUGAAAGUCCGCAAGGCUUACUACAAGCAAUUUCAGAAAGAUUUCUCAUUGUUUCUUAAGUCUCGUGCAGAAGAGCUCAUUGAAGGAGGUCGUAUGGUUUUAAUACUUAUGGGAAGAAGAGGUGAAGAGCAAUAUAACAAAGAUGGUUGUUAUAUUUGGGAGCUUCUGGCUUUGGCUCUUAAUGACAUGGUCUCACAGGGAAUAAUAAAUGAAGAGCAAAUAGACACUUUCAACGUCCCUAUGUACACCCCAUCCCCAUCUGAAGUGAGACUAGAGGUUCUCAAAGAAGGUUCAUUCACCAUCAAUUGUGUGGAGGUGUCUGAAGUACAUUGGAAUGUUGCUCAUGAUCAUGAUGAUGAUGACUGGAAUAACAAUAAUGCUAAUUUCGAUUCCAAAUCUGAAUCUCUUAUAAAGUGCAUGAGGGCUGUGGCGGAACCUUUGUUGAUCACUCACUUCGGAGAAGUUGUUAUUGAAGAGAUUUUUCGUCGGUAUCAAGCAAUCCUUGCUGAUCGAAUGUCUAAGGAGAAAACUGAAUUCGUCAAUGUUAAUAUAUCAAUGACCAAAAAAGAAUAAUAUUAUUGAGCCACAAGUUGUUUGAAUAUUAUGGUUGAUUUCUCAAAGAAUGAAUGAAAUAAGAAAAGAAAAACAAACAUCUAUGUCGCAGAAUCAAUGUAAUUAAUUGUCGGCCGAGUUUUUUUCUUGUCAAAAUUCUAUAUCCAAUCCAUUAAAUUCACGAGAGAGCAUGAUGUUUUUUAGAAGACGAUUUUGCAGUGAUCUUAGUUCUACUGUGUUCACUAUUGAGUCACUCAACACUUUCUUGAUAAUCUAUUUAAGGGUUGGGAAAACAG